UAUUGUAGAGAACACAUUGGCUAUGCUGAAAAGUUAUGAAAAGUCUAAAAUAUCACCUAAAUAUUCACUCAUUAAUAAUCUCGAUGGUGCCGCUGCUGCUGAUGAUGAUGAUGAGGAGCGAGAGGAAGAUGAUGGUCAAUCUGGAGUCAUGACUGAACUGACCAGCGUUGGUCUCAAUAUUGUGCACGAUAUACUUCAGAGAUUCCUGACGAACAUGAAGAAUGUUGUUCUACUGAUAGACACAGACUCGUCUAAGAGUUCAGAAUGCUUAUCUGUCUCUUAUAAGCCCAUUGAAACCAAGAAAAAAGUUAUAACCAUUGGUGAUGAUGAUGAUGAAAAAAAAGCAGAUGAUAAUAUCAACAACUCUGAUGGCGCCAACGAAGAUGCAAAUGACGACGAUGUGAAAGCCAUGGCUGUGUUGAUUGAUGCGAUGAGUCGUGGCUUGUCAUGUAAUGGACUCCAUUUCCAAAGGAGGAAUCAUGUUGAUAAGAAUCUCAUUGGUAGUAACCAAGGCAAGUCUUCAGCUAUAGCAUGUCUCCUCAAAGAUAGAUCAUUUACUGUUGCUAAGAAUAGAUCAUUGUUUUUAAGUCAACACCCUCAAGUUCUGCACAGUUUAAAAAGUAUUCUCUGCAAGUUUGGCUUGCCAUACAUUGAGCUUGAGCCAGGAAUUGGUUGGAGGAGGCUGAAGAGGAAAAUAAAAAUGUUCAACGCUAAUCAUGCAUUCAAAUGCUUACUCGUGCACUCACCCUUAUCAUCACCAUCGUCGUUCUCAUCGUCAUCAUCCGUGUCGUCAUCAGCUGCAUCGUCGUCAUCGCCCUCCUCAUUAUCAUCUUGGAAGAUGAUGUUUGAUGUGUUAGGGGCGGAUUGCUUGCCAGAAUGUGAAAAUGUGAUCAUGUUGGACGAUGAUGAUAAGCUAGUCUAUCCUGACGAUGAUGAUAACAGCAAUGGUAGCAACAACAACAGCCACAUUUAUAAGAACAAAAACAAUAAUAAUCAGGACAGUAAUAACAGGCGUCAAUACAAUGGAGAUUAUGAUGAUGAAAUAAAGAUAUCCAGCUAUGAUUCCGGUCUGCCUCAAUCCCUCGACCAUGAUCAACAACAGCCCCGUCACCAACAACAGCAUCAGCAGUCUGCACACAAGGCUAGUGAUGAUGAAAUGGAAAUUGAAAUCACGUCGAAAGAGGAUGAGGUUAAAAGUGGAAAAACCCCGCUGUGGUUAGAUCUAGUGCGAGGCUUGUCUAAAAAUAGAAACGUCAACGUCAUAAGAAUCUUCAACAAUGUAAAGUUGAAUAAAUAUGAUGGGGCAAUGAAAGAGUGUGAUGUCGAGAAUGACCGUGACGAUGUCGAAGACGACGAUGUACCAUUAGUCUUGGAUGUUAAAAGUAGACGCUACUACAAAUACUCAGCCGAUGAUUAUCGACUUGUCCCUGUCGAAAAUGAUUCUGGCGUUAAGAAGAUGAAUGUUCUCCAGUUGGCCAAUGUCAGUAACCGCAGUAACAUUAAAGAUAACAGUGAAAAUGAUGAGGCUACUGGUAACUAUAACAAUGCUGGCGUUGUUAAGCUGUCAAAAUUUUGUUCAUGUCAAAAUGAGUUUGAUGUAUCCAGUGCCAUUUUUAGGAACGAUGAUGGUGAGGAGGAUUGGAUGGGAGAAGCCGGAAGUUGUCUGCCGAAGUCUCGAAAAGUUAAUGAUUACGCGCAAUCGAUACUGCACAGACAGUUGCGUUCAUCACUGAUGAAAAUUUCUGACAUUGGAGUCAUCGGUAGGAAGCGGAAGAGAUCAUCGUCAUCGUCUUCCUCACCACAACAGCUAACAUCAUCAUCGACAAUGGCAGCGUCAACCACAGCAGUCAAGAGAGAACUUUUAAAAGUUUUUAAGAGGGAUACAGAUGAGAGGGUUGAAAAUGACAACUAUUCUGUGCAUGGAAUGAGGACGAUCGCUAACGUUGGUGGUGGAGAUGGUGAUGUAGGUGAGAGACGAGUUAGAGAUAUGCAGGCUGAUGAUGAGGAAGAGGAGGAGUUUGAUAGCCUCAUACUAGAUUUGGACACUCUUCUGACUUAUGAUGUGGACUUUGAAAACCCACAGACGUUCUUAUCCGAUCUAACGUGUGAAAGCAUGCCGAUCUGGGCCCCUCCAACUCCGCCACAAGAUGAUGACUACUACGUUGAUAAUUCUCUCCUCUACUUGUACGAGUCCACCCCGAUGUCCGAGACUCAACUGCCUCCUGUCUAUGCCAAGAAGGUCAACAAACACGUCAAGAUGGACACCAGCUUCUGUGCAGUCAAAACGAACAAAAUCUCAUCGACAUCCUCUUCACGUUGUGAUGCACGAACAAUUCCGACCGCCUCCAUCUCCCGGCCAAAGUCCCUGUUUGAGAGGCCAGCCUCUUCCACUAUGACCUCGGUGACCAACCUCACAGGACUAAGCGCUCUACAGAUGGGUUUCAACUUCGACAGAGAUGGCAGGCUAGUGAAUAAACUGGGCUACCCUUUAGGUCGACCAUACACGAGGUCUCCACCCAUUUCUUUGCCAAUGGCUAGAUUGCCUGGAUCUGAUGGUCAAAACAGCGAACCUGAUUGGUUGAUUAAUGAAGAUUGGGCUUUAUUACAGGCUUAUCAGAUGCACCUGGAUAACACAGGCGCCGGUGGAACCUCUACAACUCUCAUUCAACCCAUCCAGUGCAGACAGCCCAACUGGGAGAUGGUUGCCGAAGUUGUUAACCUCUUUAGCCAAGUGUACAGGUCUCCGAGGCAAUGUAGAUUGAGGUACGAAAUGAUCGUCCUGCCCAGAGAAGAAGGUAGGAUUCCGAUGGAGAACAACCAGAAGAAGAUGAAGAAAGCAAACAAGGGACUUUAUAAGCAGACAAAAAAUAGCAGGGCCAUGAAAACCGUGCAACUUUACAGUCAGGACAAUAACAAGUCUUUGUCGAGUCAGCUGAUCUCGAGGUUCGAAUCCAUGAAGGCGCUGAACAUCAAACGAGCUGCAGCUGCCAGAGCCAAUCAUCUCAAAAAUCAGGCUAUCAUUAUCAAGAGUGCCAAACAGAAUUCCAGGCAGCAAGCGAUGGUGAUGGGCGAACAUAACAUAAAUUACGAACAACCGAUGACUCCACUACAACUCGCCAGUCAGAGAGUUGAACGAAUGGCUAAGGACCAGUUGAAAGAAAAGAAGCCAUUUGAGAAGAUUCCCUCUGCAAUUGCAAUAUCAUUGGCGCAGCAGCAGCAUCAACAACAACAGCAACAGAGUUUGCAACAACAACUCCAACAACAGCAGACUUUGCAACAGCAGCAGCAACAACAGCAGCAGCAACAACAACAAACAUAUGACGUCAAUGGAGCUACUUCAUUGCCCGGCAACACCUUGACGUUGGCAGGCAUGUCGAUGGUUGUACCGAACAAUCAACUUCGAAUGGUUGCUGGCCAGUCUAACAGUCCGGUUAUAAUCCAGCAGUCUAAUAUAAUCAAUCAGCAACAACAGCAGCAGCAACAGGUUAUAUUGCAAGCUGGUGUUGGGCAACCUCAGUUGUUGAUGGCGACUGUUAGUACUGCAGCUAGUUUCGAUCCUAGGCAGCAGCAGCAACAGCUGUCUAUUGUGGCUGGUUCCAAUACGUUAAUUGGGCAAAAAACAAACAGGACAAAAACAUAUAACAAAAAGCACACAACGUUGAUGCAGAAAGUGCCACUGGUCAGUAAUGUGGUCGGCACUUCCAAUGCAGUGCCUUCGGUUCGCAGUCUGUCCAACCUCGGCAUUGUUGUCAACCAGUCACUUGCUGGUCAGCAACAGCCAACAUUUGUGGCUGUUACAAAGGCUGCCGUCGUCAGUACGGUUGGUCUGUUGCCUACUUCUCUGAGUCCUGCAACGUUCAAGGCCAUCAGGAGUUUGAAUCCGGUCGUCCACCAGUUGACCAACACGCUAACCAUCAAUCAGAACAAAACCGCUUCCAAUCAGCCCGGCACCAUUGCUUUCCCUGCUGGUAUAAUACAGCAACAGAAUAUUGGCAACGUCAACAACACUAACAACAACAACAACAACGCUAACAAUAACAGAAUGCCAUUGAGAGGUGCAGGACAGCUGCAGUUGAGCCAGAGACUUGCUCAACAGAAGACAGCCUCAUUGCAACAAAAUCAACAGGCCAACCUAGCCUCAAGUCUGGUCAAUGCUAACUUUCCCAAGCUGGCCUCCAUUGGUCAAACAAUUCCCGUUAAGAAUACACAGCUUGUAUUGAAGAGGCCUCAGCAGGUGCAGACAGCAGCGCAACAAACGCAGCAGCAGCAGCAACAAAUGCAACAGCAGCAGCAACUCAACAGAUUUGCAAUAGCAGCUUCGGGAGUCGGUGCCACGGCAACACUGCAAUUGCAACAACUUCAGCUACAACCAAAAUCUAAUCUACUGGAGGCCAUUCAAAUUCAACAACAACAACAGCAUCAACAGCAGCAGCACCAACAAACAAACCAACAGAACAACAACCUGCAGCAACAGCAGCAACUUCCUCAGAUCUUUGCCACAAACAUCAUCAAAGCCAUAUCAACUAAUGGAGCGUCAUCGUCAUCACCUGCCAUCAUAACGAACGUCAACAACCAAACUCCUGCUGCUGCUGCUGCUUCAUUUGCAUCAAAAAAUCUACUGGCUGGCAAGGUAGUAUCGGCAGCAACCACACUGAGGCAUCCACAGGGUACAAAACGACCGACGAUAACUGCAGUAAACAUGCAAGGCCAGCCAAGUCGGACCCUUGGUGUCGUUGGCCUACAACAAGUUGGCAAAGCAGCUAACUCAACAGCAGUGUACCAGCAGCAAGUGCAGCAACCAAGGUUGCUCAUUCAGCAGCAAGGUCAGCAACUGUCAGGAGCUGUCAAGCAAGCUUUACCCGCUGUCCAACUACAACAGGGAGCUACAAUACUGGCCAUGACUCACCGGGGACCUGCUGUCAAUAUCGGAGCCCUGGCUAAUCCCAUUGCUUCUGGCAACAUAACAAUUCCUCUGGCUCCGCCAUCACUCUCUCAAAUAAUGGGCUCUUCUAUAACAGGGGCUACAGGGCAAGUCAGAGUCUCCAAGCAGAUGUUGAGUCCGAAUAAAAUUCCGCCAUCAAUAGUUCAGCAUAUCACUGUUCGUACCCCACCGACUGCCGUACAGAUUUCACAACAACAGCAUCAGUUGCGUUCGCUAGUGGCUAGCCUGUAAGUAAAGUUAAGUAAGCUGGUGUGCUUUUGAUGGAGUUAUCAGCAAAGUUGGGUUUAUUUUUUUAAUAUUUUGUUGUAUUUUUUAAACCUAUUGAGUGAAUGAACUCGAUCGAAAAUGCAUACACUAUCUGAUUGGAUAAUAUAAUAAAAUAGUUGUGUUAUUUG